GCCGAGGCUGGGGGUCUCCCGGGUGGAGGCGGAUGGCCCGGCUGGCAGUGGCUCUGUUUCCAGCCACGCGCCAGAUUUGUAAGACUCCAGGGCCUUCAAGACGUGAUUAAUCUGAUGGUUCCCGAAAUAAGUGGAAAAACAAAACUUCUAAGUGCCAGUUGAAGAGUGUGUCUAUGUGUAUUUAAAACCUCUCUGUGCACACAUUUACACGAGAAGACAGGCUCAUUCUUGUGCACAUUCAAGAGUUUUACAACUGAUGAAAAUUAAUUUAAGAAUCAGAUGGAGCAACUUGACACCACUGGGCUCUGGAGCCCGGGGAGAAACACACAUCAUUAAUGGCCAAUUUUCCAUAUGGUCUUCACGGGUAAAGAAAGUUUGCAAAAAGAAGAAAAAAAAAUUGCACAGAUUAAUACUCAAAAAUACCUCUCCAGUUUAAAGAAGAAACUAAGUGAGAAGGUAACCAAGGGAGAAGUAAGAAUUCAAAUCCUGCAAAUGGAAUCAUGCAGCAUUUUCUGUACUUUAUUUUUUAUUGGAUUUGGUAAUUUGAACAGACUUUAAAAUUCUGGACCGAAAAGUAACUUUGACUGUGGUUGUGGCUAGAGGAAAGCAAAUUCAGUGUAAUGAGACAAGUCUGAACAAUGAACUGAUUCCCUUUGCCUUUUUUAGUUAAUUAUAUUGAGGAAUUUUAAUUUAUUAUUUCCCUUUACCUUUUCUGUAUCUAUAGGAUAGUAUCUUAAAAUAGCAAUUGAAACCAAUAAUUAUCAAAUAAAUAUCCAGGAAAACCCAAGCAAAGCUUCCUUUUCCUUGGACUAAAGGUGUGGAGACAGGCUCUGGAUGCGAAUAGGAAAGCAGCCCCUCUGCAAGGCGCAGGGACUAGGACGUUGUAUGGUGCUGGGGACCUCAGACUGGCCUGGGCAUGUGCUUUGAGAGACUGCCCUAUUGAAACUAAGAAGACUUGCAUAUGAGGGAAGAUUACUCAAUAUAUUUAAUUCUGACAUUGUUUUUUUCAUUAAAAUGGAAAAGUAUGUGAUCUUCAGGAGCAGAAAAGGGAAGAAGUAACCAGGAAGUGGGGAAGGAGUCCAAUGAAAGAAGCAAAAUCCUGCAGUGUGACUCUGCUUUGUCAGCAAGAGGAAUUAGUACUCACACAAAGCAAAUACUAGGUCCACUUUAAUAGCUUUAGGCCCUGACUCUGCUGAAGGAAGGGGCUUACUUUUCAGCCUCUAUGGCACUGAGGGGGGCGCCGGCUGGUGGAGGAGUUUUUCUAGGGAGCCCUGCGUUCCUCAGGGACACAGGGCCCAGCUUUGCAUUAGGAAGUUUCUGGUUCUGAACAUUGGGGAAAAGAGUGAUUUUCUUCCUACAAUUUGGACUGCUGUCUGCACAAAUUCUGGUCUGCUUUGCACGAUUUGUGUGCCUUUUUUUCCCUUUAUGCAAUCUUUUUCAGCUUUAGCAGCAGAAAUUUGCCUAGUUUGGAAAACAUGCCAGAGGGUGGCUUCAGAAGGAAGAUGAUCCUGUAUGGUCUGUCACUGCAUCUGAACUUUUGAGUAGAAAUAGAACAUACCAGCUAGAGGGAUUCUUAAAGCCUUAAGUUACUUGAAAUCUAUGUAUUUGCAACCCUUUGUCUCUGGAAUCACAUUACACAAAACUGGAAUCUCAGGCUGAACGAGAAUAACCAAGUUGAGUAAAAAAGAAGAAAACUCUUUUGUUUCUUGAUCACCACUUAUUAACAAUGCUCUUUCUCCAAAGGAUCAGUGUGUUCUUCCUCUAAGGACUUAAAAAUAAAAAUGGACCCCAUGUUUUUUUAGGCAUAACCUUUUCUUAGCAGACUGCCAUCAUCUUUUAUAGAGGAAUUUUUUCACUAUGCAUUUGGUGGAUCUUUAUAACAUACUGACCUUCUAAUUAGCUCCAGGUUAGUCUUAAAGGGGGAAAAAAAGCAACACAAACCAAUCAUAAAAAUAAAAUAAAUAAACCAAUGAAAGAAUUUGGUUUAAAAUUUCUAGCAUUAAGCAAGCAUUACUUUUUAAGUAAAACAAUUCAUUGAAAAAAAGUAUGUAUGCAGCGGUGGAACAUGGACCUGUGCUUUGCAGUGACUCCAACAUCCUCUGUUUAUCCUGGAAGGGGCGUGUCCCCAAGAGUGAGAAGGAGAAGCCCGUGUGCAGGAGGCGCUACUAUGAGGAAGGCUGGCUGGCCACCGGCAAUGGGCGAGGUGUGGUGGGCGUGACUUUCACCUCCAGCCACUGCCGCAGGGACAGGAGUACUCCACAGAGGAUAAACUUCAACUUGCGGGGCCACAAUAGUGAGGUUGUGCUGGUGAGGUGGAAUGAGCCGUACCAGAAGCUGGCCACGUGCGACGCAGACGGGGGAAUAUUCGUGUGGAUUCAGUACGAAGGCAGGUGGUCUGUGGAACUGGUCAACGACCGCGGGGCUCAGGUGAGUGAUUUCACAUGGAGCCACGAUGGGACUCAAGCACUUAUUUCGUAUCGAGAUGGGUUUGUCCUGGUUGGUUCUGUCAGUGGACAAAGACACUGGUCAUCUGAGAUCAACCUGGAAAGUCAAAUCACAUGUGGCAUAUGGACUCCUGAUGACCAACAGGUGCUGUUUGGCACGGCCGACGGGCAGGUAAUUGUCAUGGACUGCCACGGCAGGAUGCUGGCCCACGUCCUCCUGCAUGAGUCUGAUGGCAUCCUCAGCAUGUCCUGGAACUACCCCAUCUUCCUGGUGGAAGACAGCAGCGAGAGUGAUACCGACUCAGACGACUACUCCCCUCCCCAAGAUGGUCCUGCAGCGUACCCCAUCCCAGUGCAGAACAUCAAGCCUCUGCUCACCGUCAGCUUCACUUCGGGAGACAUCAGCUUAAUGAACAACUAUGAUGACUUGUCUCCCACUGUCAUCCGCUCAGGACUGAAAGAGGUGGUAGCUCAGUGGUGCACACAGGGAGACUUGCUGGCAGUUGCUGGGAUGGAGCGGCAGACCCAACUCAGCGAGCUCCCCAAUGGUCCCCUUCUGAAGAGUGCCAUGGUCAAGUUCUACAAUGUUCGAGGGGAGCACAUCUUCACCCUGGACACGCUUGUUCAGCGCCCCAUCAUCUCCAUCUGCUGGGGCCACAGGGACUCGCGGCUGCUGAUGGCCUCAGGACCAGCCCUGUAUGUGGUUCGAGUGGAACACCGGGUGUCCAGCCUACAGCUGCUGUGCCAGCAGGCCAUCGCCAGCACCCUGCGAGAAGACAAGGAUGUCAGCAAGCUGACCCUGCCCCCCCGCCUCUGCUCCUACCUCUCCACUGCCUUCAUCCCCACCAUCAAGCCCCCAAUUCCAGACCCCAACAACAUGCGAGACUUUGUCAGCUACCCCUCAGCAGGCAAUGAGCGGCUGCACUGCACCAUGAAGCGCACAGAGGACGACCCGGAGGUGGGCGGCCCGUGCUACACCCUCUAUCUGGAGUACCUGGGCGGGCUCGUGCCCAUCCUGAAGGGGCGGCGUAUCAGCAAGCUACGGCCAGAGUUUGUCAUCAUGGACCCGCGGACAGACAGCAAGACAGAUGAGAUCUAUGGAAACAGCUUGAUUUCUACUGUGAUUGACAGCUGCAAUUGCUCGGACUCCAGUGACAUUGAGCUGAGUGACGACUGGGCUGCCAAGAAAUCUCCCAAGAUUUCCAGAGCUAGCAAGUCACCCAAACUCCCAAGGAUCAGCAUUGAGGCCCGGAAGUCUCCCAAGCUGCCCCGGGCUGCUCAGGAGAUCUCCCGAUCUCCAAGGUUGCCUAUGCGAAAGCCUUCCAUCGGCUCACCCAGCCUGACUCGGAGAGAGUUUCCUUUUGAAGACAUCACUCAGCACAAUUAUCUUGCUCAGGUCACGUCCAAUAUCUGGGGAACCAAAUUUAAGAUUGUGGGUUUGGCUGCUUUCCUGCCAACCAACCUCGGUGCAGUGAUCUAUAAAACCAGCCUGCUGCAUCUCCAGCCACGGCAGAUGACUAUCUAUCUCCCAGAAGUUCGGAAGAUUUCCAUGGACUAUAUUAACUUACCUGUCUUCAACCCAAAUGUUUUCAGUGAAGAUGAAGAUGAUUUACCAGUGACAGGAGCAUCUGGUGUCCCUGAGAACAACCCACCUUGUACCGUGAAUAUCCCUAUUGCACCAAUUCACAGCUCAGCUCAAGCUAUGUCCCCCACACAGAGCAUUGGCCUGGUACAGUCUCUGCUGGCCAAUCAGAAUGUGCAGCUGGACAUCCUGACCAAUCAAACUACAGUGGUGGGGGCAGCAGAACAUGCAGUUGACAGUGCCACCCAAUACCCAGUCUCCAACCGGUACUCCAACCCUGGACAGGUGAUUUUUGGAGGUGUGGAAAUGGGCCGCAUCAUUCAGAACCCUCCUCAGUUGCCCUUACCGCCACCGCCGCCGCCACCACAGGGGGCCAUGCAGCUGUCUGUGGUGGACCACGGAGACCGAGACCAUGAACACCUACAGAAGUCCACCAAGGCCCUGCGGCCGGUGCCUCAGCUGGCAGCAGAGGGGGAUACAGUGGUCUUCAGUGCCCCCCAGGAGAUCCAGGUGACGAAGAUGAAUCCCCCACCCCCCUACCCAGGAACCAUUCCUGCUGCCCCCACCACAGCGGCACCCCCACCCCCUCUGCCACCUCCACAGGCCCCAGUGGAUGUGUGCUUAAAGAAAGGAGACUUCUCUCUCUACCCUACAUCAGUACAUUACCAGCCCCCACUGGGCUACGAGAGGAUCACUACCUUCGACAGCAGCGGCAACGUGGAGGAGGUGUGCCGGCCUCGCACUCGGAUGCUCUGCUCCCAGAACACCUACACCCUCCCCGGCCCAGGCAGCUCAGCUACCUUGAGGCUCACCGCCACUGAGAAGAAGGUCUCCCAGCCCUGCACCAGUGCCACCCUAAACCGCCUGACAGUCCCUCGCUACUCCAUACCCACAGGGGACCCACCCCCAUAUCCCGAAAUUGCUAGCCAGCUGGCCCAGGGGCGGAGUGCUGCCCAGAGACUGGAUAACAGCCUCAUCCAUGCCACCCUGCGGAGGAACAACCGUGAGGUUGCACUCAAGAUGGCCCAGCUGGCUGAUAGCUCCCGAGCCCCACUGCAGCCCCUGGCCAAGCCCAAGGGUGGCCCUGGGGGAGCAGUGGCACAACUCCCUGCGCGGCCCCCGCCAGCCUUGUACACCUGUAGCCAGUGCAGUGGCGCGGGGCCCAGCGCACAGUCAGGCACCAUUCUGGCCCAUGCUGUCAGCACCUCCCCGUUGGCCUCCCAGUCCUCUUACAGCCUCCUCAGCCCGCCCGACAGUGCCCGCGACCGCACUGACUACGUGAACUCAGCCUUCACAGAGGACGAGGCCCUGUCCCAGCACUGUCAGCUUGAGAAGGCCCCUAGGCACCCCCCACUGCCCGAAGCUGCUGUCACUGUGAAGCGGCCCCCCCCUUAUCAGUGGGACCCUGUGCUGGGUGAGGAUGUUUGGGUCCCCCAGGAAAGGACAGCACAGACUUCGGUGCCCAACCCCUUAAAACUGCCCCCUUUGAUGUUAGGGCAGAGCCAGCACCUGGAUGUGACCCGAGUACCCUUUGUCUCCCCCAAGUCUCCUGCCAGCCCUACUGCCACUUUCCAGACAGGCUAUGGAAUGGGAGUUCCAUAUCCAGGAAGCUAUAACACCCCUUUGCCUGGAGUGCAGGCUCCCUGCUCCCCCAAAGAUGCCCUGUCCCCAACACAGUUUGCACCACAGGAGUCUGCCGUUGUCCUGCAGCCAGCGCACCCACCCAGCCUCUCGUACUGCACCUUGCCCCCCAUGUACCCAGGAAGCAGCACGUGCUCCAGUUUACAGCUGCCACCUAUCGCCUUGCACCCAUGGAGUUCCUAUAGCACCUGCCCACCCGUGCAGAACCCCCAGGGCACUCUUCCCCCCAAGCCCCACGUGGUGGUGGAGAAGCCCCUCGUGUCCCCACCACCACCUGACCUCCAAAGCCACAUGGGUACAGAGGUGAUGGUAGAGACCGCAGACAACUUCCAAGAAGUCCUCUCCCUGACAGAAAGCCCUGUUCCCCAACGGACUGAAAAAUUUGGAAAGAAGAACCGGAAGCGACUGGACAGCCGAGCAGAGGAAGGAAGUGUUCAGGCCAUCACUGAGGGUAAAGUGAAGAAGGAGGCUAGGACUCUGAGUGACUUUAACUCGCUCAUCUCCAGUCCUCGCCUAGGGAGAGAAAAGAAGAAAGUGAAGAGUCAGAAAGACCAGCUGAAGUCAAAGAAGUUGAACAAAACCAACGAGUUCCAGGACAGCUCAGAGAGUGAGCCCGAGCUGUUCAUCAGUGGGGACGAGCUGAUGAACCAAAGCCAGGGCAGCAAGAAGGGGUGGAAAAGCAAGAGGAGUCUGCGCACAGCCAGUGAGCUGGAGGAGUUCAAGUGCCGMAAAGCCAGUGAGAAGGAGGAUGGGCGUCUGGGCAGCCAGGGAUUUGUGUACGUGAUGGCCAACAAGCAACCUCUGUGGAACGAGGCUACACAGGUGUACCAGCUGGACUUUGGAGGGCGGGUGACCCAGGAGUCGGCCAAGAACUUCCAGAUCGAGUUGGAGGGGCGCCAGGUGAUGCAGUUUGGACGGAUUGACGGCAAUGCAUACAUUCUGGACUUCCAGUACCCCUUCUCAGCUGUGCAGGCCUUCGCAGUGGCCCUGGCCAACGUGACUCAGCGCCUCAAAUGAAGAGAUUGGUGUGGAGAGAAGACAGCAGGGAGCCCUGGGAGGAGGAGCCUGCACUGCUGGUGCCAGAAAGACCRGAGAGAUGUCAGCUGGGCAGGAAGAGCCCUCAGGCCAGAGGGGCGCGAGCCCUCAGGCAUUGCGCAUAUUUGGUUGUCCUUUACUGUCUUUCUUUUCUUUCAGUCCUGUGACAUUUGGAAGCAAAGAGUGCAAGGGGCCUGGUGUUCUUUCAGGAGGGACAGCCUGGCUGUUGAAUGUUCUCCUGGAUCUGCUUCUCAGUGCCUGGGACAAGGGCCUUGGAGAGAAGACAGACCACCUGCUAGCCUGCCUUUCUUUCAGACAUAGGGAAUAUGCAUUAGGUUCAUUCUCCACAACUUUUGGCCUUUACUCCUCCAACAUUACCACUAGUGCAAAACAAAAACUUUUUUAAAGAUCACAACCAAAAAUCCUGCAGAUUCAGGUUCUCCUGGGGGAAUGGGGACAGCUUUUAAUUUAUUUGUAUUGUGCCACUCCCUAAAAGGUGACUUGAGGAAUAAAGGCAUUUGGGCAAAUGAACUCUGUUGACUAAUGAAAGCAGGCUCUGUAUGGGGGUGCUGUCACUGCUUAACUGCAGUUUGGUCAUGAGUCAUGUCAGGGAAAGCAUGAUGGGUGAGGAAGAAACUGCAUGUUGGACAGGCUCACAAUGCUUUGCAGACACCUGAGUGACUCAGGAGUGUGACCUGUGCAAGGGCUGAGCUCCUCUUCCAAGGAUGUUUACGUUGGGAGACUCCACUAGUCUCAUCCUGUGUCAAGAGUUCUGUGGGACCAAUGAUGAUCAUCAUUGAGGUUGACUUCAGGAGAAGGUAGGAGGCAGCAGGGGAAAGAUCCUGGCCCGGGGUAGGGCAAGGAGUUUUCCAAGAUGGUGUGGUGGUCAGUCACUAGAUCCACUUCCUGAGAAACAGCCAUUGACCUCCCUCUGCCUUUUGUUUUUGAACCUGGAACCCAUUACUGUAAACAUGAUUUUUUCCCUUCCAAUAUUAUUGCUCUAUCCUUUCUCUUCCUAAAACUGUGGAUGAGGCUUGAGUUGAAACCACUCCUUUCUUCCUCUUGGCUAUGUUAAAAUUCAAUUAACUAGAAAUGUUUCCAUCAAAAUAGAAAUUAUAAACACAAUAUUUUCAGCAUUUGCCAGGGUUUUAAAAGUUAGGAGCAUAGUCAAAUCUUUGACAAAAGUUAGGAUCUUCUCUAAAGAAACAAAAAGCUGUUUAUUAAUUGUAUAGAUUGUUUACUAAGGUAAUAAACCACUGGGGAAAAAAAGCAUUGUUAAAAUUAUCGAUCUUACUUUAGGGAGUGGGUUCUCUACUUCUUUGUUAAUGGGGGGAAAAAAAUCCGCCUCAAGUCUCUUUGCCUGCCUCUCCCCCUUCCGCAGUAUCCCAGUCUGUCACAAGGUCCGGUCCAUUUUUUGAUGGUGGUUUGGUGUUCAUUCCUGUGGUGAUGUUUAUGGCCAAAGUACAAGAACUGUCUAUUGAUUUUAACUCCUAAAUAUGGAUUUUAUUUAAAAACAGAAAAAUGGAAGAUGCUACAGAAAAGUAUUUUCAAAUUUAAAAAAAAAUUAAUUCCCUAUUUGGAUUUAAAAUUAGAAAAAGAAACUGGCCCAUUCCUUUUGUAGAGUGAGGAGAUAUCACUCAUCACUCUUAAGUCCAAAGAAAUGCCAACAAGGUUUUUAACGAGAAGGACAUCUCCCAGGUAAUACUGGAGUUUCCCAUGUUAGAGAUUAAAAUAUUAGACCCAACUGUUUGAUAGGUAAAUUUUGAUUUAUCUAAUUCUUAUUAUAUAUGAGUUCCUGGAGCUUGAUAUGGUGUUUCAGUGCUUCUUAUUAGUUGUGCAAUAAUUGUUAUCACCUGUUUCUGAAGUAAUUUAAAUACAAUCUCCCUGUUCUGUUGUCCAAGAGAUAAUUAUUACCUUGCUUUUCAUAGUAUUCCUAGGAAUUAUUUUGUUACUAUGUAUUGGUGAGUUAUGCCCAUUUUAUUAUUUAUUUAGAAAAAUAGUAUCUUUGUAAUGAUUCAUUUGGUGGUAGUAUACUUUACCAUAAGAAAUAAAGAGGAUAUAAUAGAAGAUGUUUUGCUGGGUAAUUUGUAACUUUCUAAUUGGGAAAAGUUCCUAUUAAUCCUUUAGAAGUGAUCCUUUUUUAAAAUUCUGUGGUAUUGAUUAUAUACAAGAGACCAUUUCUUUGAGACAGUUAUGCCCUAAUUCCCCUUAUUUUGAGAAUUUUAAAUUUUCAAUUUGUAAUAAAGGAUUAUAGGAAAUGGAGAGACCCAUUAGUGAAAUUCUUAAGAAAUAAGUUUUAGUUCUUUCAGUUCUGAUUGGUUUUUGAGAUGCAAAAGCCACACAGGGGUACAUUUUAGGACUUUUCUUAAUAAGAACAAAUGACUCCCCGAAAGCCAUUUUCCCCCCAAGGAGCCACAGAUGGGUGCAUCAGGGAUGGCUGCUCGCCUGAGUCUGCAGGGGCAUGAGAAGCAGGGUCUCCUGCCCAGGGAGGUGGAAGCUGCUGGCUGCAGCCGUGGUGCCGUGAUGGUGUCUGACUUCAUCGUAGAGGUUAAAUGCCACCAAUAUGAGGARUUUAAGCAGCAGAAUUCCAGGUACUUUGUGCUUAUUAGUAGCAGUUUAUGAAUGUCAAGAUACCUUACUGAAUUUAAAAAUAUUAGUGAAAUAUAAAGUAAACUACAUGAGGUCUUUUUGAGGGAAUCUGUAUAUUAACAAACAUAAAAACCAAUUUUAAAUUUGUUUAGCUCUUAACCUCAUCAAACCAAAGGCCGUGGAUGUGUAUACCAUUGAAUGUUUAACCUGGGAAAAAUUGGGGCCAAAGAAGGAGGAAGCUCUCAAGACUCUAAUGGUGUGUAAAUGAAAGGCUUUUGCAGGUUGGUGUUUUUCAUCUGUAGCCGCCUCGCUCCACUGUUAGGUGUCCACAAGGACAUGCAGAAACAUCUAAGGUUCACUCUGAAAUCAGAACAGAAGGUCAGGAGGCCCCAGGGUCAAGCUUGAUCUGUCAUAAGGUUGGAGGGUGACCUUGGGCAAGUCUGGGGCUGCCAGAUCCAGCUUUGUCCAUCUGGAAAAUGGAAGAGGCGCCUGGACUAUCAUCCACACUCCCCCGGCAGCCGGAGAGCUCAGAACUGAGCAGCUUCAUCUUCCCACUUGACAAGCGUGGAAAGUGUGUUUCAAAACAUUGCCUUUUUGUGGAGAAGUGUUUCCUUUCCUGAGUCUGUGAGCUGUCUGCUGAAUAUAAACCAGUGCAUUUAACAGAAUAUCUUUAGAAAGUUCACCUCUAAAUACGUUUCAAAACAUGCUUGAUCUCAUAAAAUUACACAAAAGCACUGAUUCCAGGCAAGUCGGAGGAAUCCCCAGAGUGUGCCCUAAUCAGUGGGCGCCCUUGAAAAUAGCCCUAAGAUAAGUCACCACUUUCCCCCAUAACUGACUGAGAGUGUGUUCAGGAAGAAGAGAGGAGUAGGAAUCCAGGCGGAUCCCAUCCUUUAGUGUGCUCCUGUGCUCCCAGCGCUGCACCACCUUCUAAUCCAAAGGUUUAUCAAAAAGGGACCUGUGAAAAAGGAACCCGUGUGUGGGCUGCAGAUCAUGUGGCCAAGUCUGUGGUUGUGGACAAAGUUGGCCGAGACAAACCGUGUCUGAAGUGUUGUUUGGGUCCUGGGAGUCUGUAUGAACACACGACUCAGAACGUGGCGCCAUUUGGGUAUUUUCUUUUCUCUGGCUGAUAAACUCUGAAAGGUUGUGGCUUAUUUUGUUUCCCUUUCUUUGACUUUGUGCAAUUUUCUUGUAAUUUUACUUGUACCUAUACUUUCUGUUUACAAGUUCUUUUUAAGGGGGGGUAGGAUUCUAAGAUCUCGUUUAUUGUAGAUAAAUUUUUUUUCAUGUUGUAAAAAAGCAUGGGUUAUGCAUUUGAGUGAAAAAGGCACUGUAUUAUUUACCAAAGGGGUAUUGUUUUUGCAUUUGUUUAUAAAUGCAUUAUUUUGGUACUGUAAAUUUGAACAUCACUUCUGAGUUUAUUACUACUGGCAUUUUCUUUUUCUUCCUUCCCCCGACCCUGUAAGUGUGUGAUGAGGCACACAGGUCCCAGACCACAUAAGACCACCAGCAUGUUCUCUCAGACCUUGGGAAGGGCGUGCACUGCUUUGUGCACCUCGGUUCCUCUAGUGUCGUUUGUUUUUACUUCAGCAUCCUGCUUUGUUUUACUUUCCAGGCAAAAUCUGUUGAGUUUCCCGAUUGCAUUUCAGUGAGCUCCUCUUAUUCAC